AUGUCUGACGCUGCAUCCGCCGCGCAGCUCAUUGAGUCUGCCAAGAAGCUUGCUGCCAUUCGGGCGGUCGACGAGCACCUUCUCCCGUCCUACAAGUAUGUUGGUAUAGGGUCUGGCAGCACUGUCGUGUACGUGGUCGAGGCCAUCGUCAGCAAGGGCCCGGCUUUUUACAGUGGCAUGACAUUUAUCCCCACAGGCAGCCAGUCAAAGGGAUUGAUCAGAAACGCUGGGCUCACCCUGUGCAACCUGGACGAGCGGCCCGUCGUCAAUGGUAGCCCGGUCGCCCUUGAUGUCGCCUUUGACGGUGCCGACGAGGUGGACAGGGACCUCAACCUGAUCAAGGGCGGGGGUGCCUGCCUCUUCCAAGAGAAGCUGGUAGCUAUAGCGGCUCGGAAGUUCAUCGCUGUGGCUGACUCCCGCAAGCAAUCCGACCGACUCUGCACCAAGUGGAAGGCCAUCCCUAUCGAGGUCCUGCCCUUGGCCGCUCCCAGCGUGCUCAACCGCCUUCACGCCAUGGGCUCCCCUGAGGCCGCCGUGCGCUCCGGACUGCCCAGCAAGGCUGGAGAGUGCGUGACGGACAAUGGCAUGUGGAUUAUCGACGCCCCGUUUCAGCCACUCCUGCUGCCGAGCGAGCUGACCGCAGGCGUCGACGGUAAGGGUGCCAAGGGUGUCUGGGAAAUCAACACUUUGGCGGCGGAGCUCCUCGCUAUCCCGGGCAUUGUGGAGAUCGGACUCUUCCACGGCUUCAACGGUGAACAAGCCGUCGGCCUCGGCAAGGACCUCCAGGCACAAAAGCCAGUUGCCGCCUAUUUUGGAAUGCCUAACGGCCAGGUCGAGGUUCAGCGAGCAUAG